AUGGCAAAAAUGAUCAACACGGAGACAUUAUCAGGGGAUAAAAGAUAUGAGAGGACGAUUACGGUGGAUCUACAAAAGACAAAGUCAAUAUAUGACCUGAAGAAAAAACUCGCUACAGAACUUGGUCUUACGGUAGAUAGAUUUGAUAUCGUGAAAAUGGCCGAUGCAUUAGUGUACGAAAAUCAGCAGCAGUUGGUCAGCACUGACCUAGACGAUCCCAUUCGUAUUAUCAUCCACCCAGAAAUGAGACAGGUGUAUGACCACUUGGUGACCCUCGCCAAAGACAUGAUUAUGGAUUUCGAGGAAGAUGACAGGACAAUCAUGUCGUGUGGACACGGAAUAGUGCCUGAUAAUCUCUAUGAUCUCUGCUGGAAUAACUUGAAGGACGGAGCAGUGCAGUUUGAAUGUCCCGCAAUAGAAACAUUUAAUGUCAGAGGUAAUCAGAACUCAUGUAGGGCCAUAUGGACUCUGUAUGAGCUGACGGUCAAAGCGCAGCUGUCCGCGGACGAGCGGAUCCUUUUUGAGAUGCGCCUCAGCAGGAACAGCUUACAGAAAGAUAAUGACAUACAGGAAUGCCCCUUCUGUCGAUGUCUCUCUACCAGAUCCAGUGAAAAGAACAAUAGAGUUCGAUGUCUGAACUGCUACCAAACCAAUCCAGAGAACGCUGAAUUUUGUUGGAAAUGUCUUCAUGUUUGGAAAGAGAACGCUGCUGCAGAUUUCUGUGGGAAUCUGGAGUGUACGACUGCCAAGGGCCAACAUAUGUCACAGGAGAUCCUUAGGACGUGCGCAAAGAAGACUAUAGACGAUUACAGAAAUGUUCCAGCCGUCCGAGCUUGUCCAAGCUGCCACGCGCUUGUGGAGCACGCACGGGGAUGUAAAAGAAUGCCCUGCAAGUGUAAGUUCCAGUUCUGUUUCGUGUGCCUUAAACCCUGGAGUUCCACUGGAUGUGGAUACAACAAAAGAUGUGCCUCUGUCGCUGCUUGUCAAACAUUAUCCUAG